CCAGUUUGUGGCAGCGCGCCAUUUCCGCUAGGGCAAGGGAUGUCCGGAAGUGACCGACAAGGCACUUGUCGACAUCCACUACAAUAGUGAGUACAAGAUGUCCCACAAGUUCCUAGAGCGGAUCCAGCGAUUUGAGGAGCUUCACUGUGCGGCCCCUGCGACGGAUCCGCGAUGGGACGAGGGAGGGGAGGGAGAAAUGAGGGACGCGGAGGAGCACAUCGACGUGGACGACGACGUCGAGGAGGUUGCACGGGCGGGGUCGUCAGGGAGGGAGCGAGGGAAGGGCGUUGUCAGCAAGCCGAGGGGGCAGCAGGGCCAGUACUUUGCAUCGGCGCACGUGUCUGUUCGUACACGGGCAGCUGCGGAUACGACUGAGGCGGGUCCGUCUGCGGGGAAGAGGAAGGACAGAGAGGAGGGGGCCAGACCGACGACAGCAAAGAAGAGGAUGAGACGGAACACGAUUACGGAGUCAUUCACUUCAAAGUGGCAGAUGGAGUUCAAGAAGAAGUGGCUGCGUUUUGUAUACAGUCAGCGCCUGGCGUUCAACGUCUUCCGGAGCGAGCCGUGGUUGGACGUCGUCCGACACUUCAGGGAUUUGUCGGGGCCAAUGAAGGUGUUGUGGCCUUCAGAGAAUGAGAUCGCGGACAUAGAGACCAUUGUCCACACGGCGGACGAUGUGGGAGCUGAUCUCGCGGAGGUCAGGGCUCCUUUCUAUGUCACGGGGGCCACCAUUAUGUCAGACGGAAGGAAGUCACGCGAUGCUAGACCCAUCGUUAACUUCCUUGCCGGCGGGUCACGUGGGGUGAUGCUCAUCCGGACAAUGAACAGGGAGGGUGAGCGGGAUCGGGCGCCUGAUGUGUUGGCGCGCUGGAUCAAGGUGUUCGAUGACUUCUCCCCUAAGUGGGUGAAUGCCAUCUGCACCGACUCCGCCUCGCCGUACGUCGUCGCGGCGAACAUGCUCCAGGGGCCCCAGCAGAGGCCAGAGCAUCGACGGAUCGCGUGGCUCCUAUGCGCAGUGCAUGUCUGCAACAAGAUGUUGUCAGACAUUGGCUGUUCGGGCCCGUGGUCCAAGGACAUCAGCGUGAGGGGGAGAGCGGUGGUGCGCUUCAUUAAGGAGUACGACGCCGCUCUCCAUAUCUUCCGGGGGGAGAGCGGUCAGAUGGGCCUCAUCUAUCCUUACGAGACACGUUUCGCAUCCGUGUUCGCGAUGGUGGAGCGUUUGCUGGCAGUGAGGUCAGCUUUGGUGAGGACGGUGGAUGGCGAUACUUGGGGUAUGGUUCCUUGGGACCAUUUUAUUCGUCAUUUGGCUAGGUGGGUCAGGUGGCAGGUGCGACAUGGCAGUUGGUGGGAUUCCAUGGGCAUCUUGUUGCGUAUCAUGGAGCCUGUGUACAACCUGCUGUGCAGGUUGGACCACGGAGGGCUGCAUUUGUCGCGGGUGGUUGAGUGGACACAGGAUCUGGCCUGCCAGGUAGCAGAGGAGGUUUGUGCACUUCCGACAGAUCUUGCACACUACAUUGUGCAGAGGGUGCAGGCUCGAUGCGCUCACAUGCUGGAGACGGCGCACGCCGCUGCUCACCUUCUUUGUCCCAGCCAGCGGGACUUGUGGUACUUCGAGGGUGUGGUCAGCGACUACGACGCGAGCUUGGUGAGGGAGGUGGAGACUUACAUCUUGUCGCAGACAGGGUUCAGUGUAGCGAGUCGCGACUACGAGACCGCAUUCGUUGUUGGACGUGGAGGGAGGUAUCGGGAUUCGCCCCUCGUGGAAGGGGACGGACGAGAACCUCAGAGCAGGACGUGGGAGGAGGUCGAGGAUCAGAGACGUUCAUGGCAGCGAGACCCAUGUGGGUCCAGAGCUCGUCCGAGUGAUGUGGGCGAUGUUUUUGGGACUCGAGCCGCCACAUUCCACCCGUACUUUCGAGACGACAGUGAUUCCGAGGGUCACGCGGACGAGGACGAGCCGGCGGGCCCCGCUACCGCCACUCCUGCGGCGGAUGAGCGUGAUGAGUGGAGCGACCCAGAGGACGUCCAUAGACGGAGUGGCGGAGAUGACCUUUUCGUUCGAGUUGAUUUGGAGGAGGAGUCUGGGGGUCGUCAUGGGAGCCCUUUAGAGCAUCUGAGGCCUACGUCCGCUGAGCGCGAGAGAGAUCCUGGGUCUGCACCUUCGAGGGGGGCAGAGUCGGGGAUUGGCCAUCGUCCUCUAGGUCGCUCUGGCACGGCAUCCUCCACCGCUCUUCCCACUUUGACGGAGCAGCUUCAUCGACAGCCAGCCGAUGCAGAUCGAUUGCAGAGAUUGGUGAGGGGCCCGAGACAGCGAUUGGAGGACAGAUUAGAGGGCGGUCCUAUGCCGGUGCAGGGUGACGACGGAGACACACAGGGGUUGGUUGGUGGAGAUGGCGGUGCGUUGGCAGGAGGUGGAGGCGGUGAUGAGGUUGAUGCAGCGGUUGAUAGGAUACCGAUGGGCGGCGGAGGCGUUUUCAGUGAGUUUGGUGACUUGGGUAUGCCCCCGGGAGAGAGCGUCGGUCUGGCCCGAGGAGAGAGCGAGUCCCGUGGGGACAUCAGUGUGGGUAUGCAGGACUUACUGGGACAGAUCAGCUUCGCGGAUCCUAGUAGUUUCUCCCCUGCCAUGCGCGCAGAGGUGAUGUUGGGGGCAGAGGGGGAUGAGGACCGGACACCCUCUGGAGAGACAUCUGCAGAGAGGCUGGAUAGGCUUGAUAGUCGUCGAGCUUGCCUCAUGGCACAGAGGGACCCCACGACUCAGGAGCUCGCCCGUCUUACGGCGGAGGACCGACGGAGGCAGCUGGGGACAUUCACGCCGGCGUCCAUUGACGUGGGGCCAGCUGCCCACACGGAUCCUCUGGUAGAGGAGCCACGUUCGGAGCCAGCGCCGCCUCCUGCCGUCCAGCUGAGGCUCGAGGAGACAUUGCAGGAGGUCGCGGGCGUGCCUCUGCCCGUGGGUUCAGUUGAGGGUGCCGUGCAUAUGUCCCCGGGUCUAGAGGACAUACAUACGGGGCAGUCAGUGGGCGUUGAUGAUAUUCGCCCAUCGGCACAAGCGAAGGGGAUAGCGCCAACCACUGGGGGGUACGGGGCCGUAGAGGGGGCCGUUGGUGUUGGCGGGUCGGGGGUGCCAUCCGCGGCCGAUCCGAUGUCCACGUCUGGCGGGGGAGACCCCGCACAGGUGGACAGCCGUGACGCGGACAGACAGGAGAUGCCACAGACUUUGGUGGUUCGCACUGCUGUGGGGCCAGUGGUGCCACAUCAGGCACCGUUUUUGGAGGGUUAUAGGCGUUUUGCACAUGGCGGUGGCCCGUUCGAGGAGCGACGUAUAGGCAGGGGCGCGCGCAUACCCGCGGUCCCUACUUUUGCGCCGUCACGGACGAGGCCGGAGAUCAGGCAUGUGGCUAUGCCUCGGGGCAGCCUCCCUUUUGGUUUUAUGACUGCUGAGGAGUUGGAGGACCACAGCAGGAGGGAUUUGAGGUCAGUCCCGGAGGAGGGGAAGCUGCCUCACGUGCAGGACUUAUCUUGGGGGUCAGCCAACCCCAGCUUACCUUCUGGGUGUUCCAUCGCAGCGCCAUCUGGCGGGGCUGCAUGGGACUUACCUUCUGGAGGUUCCGUCGCAGCGGCAUCUGGCGGGGCCGCAGCGGACUUACCUUCUGGAGGUUCGGUCGCAGCGCCAUCUGGAGGCGCCGCAGGCCCUUCGUCACCCUUGACCACAACUCCCAGAGAGGUCGGUAGUCUCACCCCGAGGUCGGUUGCCCGUAGACGGAGAGACACUACCCAGCGUGCGCGGGAGUUGCUGGACACCAUGUAGUUCGGUCGCACUGAUCGACCAUGGAGUGA